AUGGACAGCAGAGCUACUGAAAGUGAGAUACUGGAGUUGGAGAACAAACUGCUGCAUCCAACUGCAGGACCAAUUUCUGUGCCCCUAUACUUCCUGAAAUUGAUCACACGUGAUUUUUGCAUUGUGCAAGAACUCGGCAGGGGUGGCUACGGAGUGGUUUACAAGGUGCUCAGUAAUUGGAGGAACAGAUUCGAAAGAUCAUCGAAGUAUACAUCACCGGAACUACAUGCCCAACUAGUAAAACGAUGCAUCGACAUAGCUUUGGAAUGUGUGCACCCUGACAAGGAGAAAAGGCCAAAUGUAUCAAAUAUAAUUGAAAUUCUUAAUGCAGCAGAAAAAGUUGCUAGGAUAAAAAUGGCGAAGAUUUACCAAUAG